AGAGGAGUGGGUGUGGAGGAGGUGAGUAGGGGCCGGUCUGUUGUUGGACGGGCGGAACACGUGGAACGACGGCGCUCUCUCUCUCUCUCUCUCUCUCUUUCUUUCACUCUCUCACUCUCUCUCUCUCGGUGGCAACCAGGGCGUCAGGAACAGUAUCAGGCAGCGCUAUCACGGGCUGCACUCUGCGCUCCGCGCUUGUAGUGACAAGAGCAUCCGGCGUCACUGAGUGUCUAAGUGGGUAUUUUCUACCCCACCCACCCUUCUCUGGAAGGAGGCUUUGUCCUCAGCACGGGAGCAGACCAGUCUGACCUCAGCAGACAAAACAACGCUGACGGAGCACGGGAGAGGGGGUCUGGGCUUCCAACGCCCUGGUUUACAGACCGCUUAGGGGAGCGACUGACAGACACGGGACCGACAGCAUGAGAAGGCAUCACUUCUCCGCCACUUUCCUUCUCUCCGUCAGCCUGGGCAUCCUUCGCCUCGCCAAAGGAGAAUUAUGUGAACCCAAUCCAUGUGAGAAUGGUGGUACGUGCAUGGCAGGGUUGGCAGAGGGAUCAUUUUCAUGUGAGUGUCCUGAAGGAUUCACAGGUCCCAGCUGCUCUAGUAUUGUGGAGGUUGCUCCAGAUGGAGAGGAGUCAACUACAGCAGGAGCUUGUCAGCCGAACCCAUGUCAUAAUGGCGGGAUGUGUGAAGUGAGUGACAGUUACCGCGGUGACACAUUUAUUGGCUACAUCUGCAGGUGUCCUGAUGGAUACAGUGGAAUGCAUUGUCAGCAUAAUAUAAACGAGUGUGAGUUUGAGCCGUGUAGAAAUGGCGGGAUUUGCACUGACCUCAUUGCAAACUAUUCCUGUGAAUGUCCAGGAGAAUUCAUGGGCCGAAAUUGCCAGUACAAGUGCUCAGGCCCACUGGGGAUGGAGGGAGGGAUAAUAUCGAAUCAGCAGAUUUCAGCAUCCUCGACACAUCGUGCCCUGUUUGGCUUACAGAAGUGGUACCCAUACUAUGCCAGACUGAAUAAAAAGGGACUGGUAAAUGCCUGGACGGCGGCAGAAAAUGACAGAUGGCCAUGGAUUCAGAUUAACCUGCAGCGCACAAUGAGAGUCACAGGACUGAUUAGUCAGGGAGCUAAGAGACUUGGCAGUCCCGAGUACGUUAAAUCCUACAAGAUUGCUUACAGCAGUGAUGGCAAAGCCUGGACUACAUACAAAGUAAAAGGCACCUAUGAAGACCUGGUUUUCCGAGGAAAUGUUGACAACAACACGCCACAUGCAAAUUCCUUCAAUCCUCCUAUCGAGGCCCAGUUCAUACGCCUGUAUCCCCAAGUCUGCCGGAGACACUGCACAUUGAGAAUGGAACUGCUUGGCUGUGAGAUGUCAGGCUGCUCAGAACCUCUGGGGAUGAAGUCAGGACAUAUCCAGGAUUAUCAGAUUACUGCUUCCAACGUCUUUAGGACCUUAAAUAUGGACAUGUUUACUUGGGAACCCUGUAAAGCUCGACUGGAUAAACAGGGAAAGAUAAAUGCCUGGACUUCAGGACGCAGUGAUCAGUCACAGUGGCUGCAGAUUGAUCUCCUUGUUCCUACGAGAGUGACUGGCAUAAUUACUCAAGGUGCUAAAGAUUUUGGUCACAUACAGUUUGUUGGUUCUUACAAGGUCGCCUACAGUAACGAUGGAAAGAACUGGACUAUUUAUAAAGAUGACAAACAACAGAAGGAUAAGGUUUUCCAAGGUAAUUUUGAUAAUGAUACACACAGGAAAAAUGUAAUAGAUCCUCCCAUCUACGCACGAUAUAUUAGGAUCUUGCCCUGGUCGUGGUAUGGCCGGAUCACUCUGCGGAUGGAAUUACUGGGAUGCACAGAGGAGUGAUAGUGGACGGUGGUCACUGACAAGAAAGUUAUCACCGUACGACUAAAUCUCAACAAAAAAAAACUGCACAAACCUGUAAGAUACUGGAGGGUUUUCACGAACAAGUUGUUCAGAUUGUGAUAGGCAUGAAUCGUUAGGUGGUCUCAGCCUGCUCUUUGUCAGACUUUCAUACGGUGAUUUUUCUUCCUUAGAAGUUUAUUUUCCUGUGUUUUGUUUAUUUGUAUAUAAUGAAAUAAAACUUGUGCAAUUACAAACCUUAACCCACCUCCCUUCUCCCCAAGUUUGAUUAAUUUGCAUUUAAACUAAUAUUUCUAAUAAUUAUUCCAGGUGCCAUUAUUGCAUCUUAUUUAUUGUCAAUUUCAAAAAGUUUUAUUUUGGCUGUUAAGAAUGAAAUGGUUUUCAAUCGUUUCAGUUUCACUUUGUCACUAUAGUCAGGCAGUAAAACGACUGAGCACUGAUAAAGCUUUCUAUAGGGUGUACCUGUCUCUUAUUGUUAACAGACACUGAAGAUUUCUUUAAAGGCGUCUUUUUCCCUAAUUUCAUUAACAUAUGCUUACAGACUUACCUACAUAAGAUCAAUAGAUAUAUGAUUCUGUAUGUAUGGGGGCUCAUACCUAAUAUGCUAAUAAAGGAGCCCAGAAAAGCUAAUUAGUUACUGCAGUAUAUCAAAAUAAUUAGGCAAUAAAUUUUAUUAAUUCCUGAUUACACAAGACAAUAAAUCCCUGAACAUACACUCAAUGGUCACUUUAUUAGGUACAGGAGUGGAACUUGGUGUGGUCAUCUGUGCUGUAACACAUCCAUUUCAAGGUUUGACAUGUUGUGCAUUCAGAGUUGCAGAUCUGCACACCCCUAUCACCUUCUUGUCAGCUUGAACCAUUAUGGCCAUUCUCCUCUGACCUCUCUCCUUAUCAAAGUGUUUUUGCCCACAGAACCGUUGCUCACUGGAUGUUUCUUUUUGUUUAUCGCACUAUUCUCUGUAAACUCUAGAAACUCUUGUGUGUGAAAAUCCCAGGAGAUCAACAAUUUCUGAGAUACUGAAACCACUGUGGCUGGCACCAACAAUCAUUUUACAGCCAAAGUCACAUAGAUCACAUUUCUUCCCCAAUCUGACGUUUGAUCUGAUCAACAACUGAACCUCUUGACCAUGUAAGCAUGCUUUUAUGCAUUGAGUUGCUGCCACCUAAUUGGCUGAUUAGAUAUUAGCAUUAACAAGCAGGUGUACCUAAUGAAGUGGCCACUGAGAGUACAACAUAACAAUAAAAUUAAUGCUUGAGCGCACGCCACGCCUUUUUGGAGCUCAUUCAAUGAUACCAAAUUUUAUCAUUUUUGUGCAGCAUGUUUGUAUUGCCAACCUAAGUUAUUCUGUUGCAAUUUUUAUUUUUAAUAAAAAAAGCAAAUACCAAUAUAGCAAAGAAAUAGAGGGCAUACGGAAUGCUGUUGUAAUAAUUAUUAAAUGUGGAUUUCUGUUGGACACAAGUUGUUUGUCCUAAUCUGUUCAGUUCAGUUAUGAUUCAGAUAAACGUGAGGCGGCCUCUGUAUAUCAAUGAAGACAUAACUAUGAUGUUAUUGUAAGUUACUCAUUUAAGCCAUUUACUGUUUAGUGACUUGAUGUACACACACAGUUUUGUCAACUUUGCCUCAGUGCUUAUAUAUGCAAUUCAGCAAAAGUCAUCCAAAAUUUACAUCCAUGUAAUUUCACUGUGAUUCAGGUGCUGUUGUAUCUCUCGCUCAGAAAUGACCUGUCGGUGUUAUAAAUAUCAUCACAGAUAAUCUCUACUUUUAAAUAUUAAUGUCCACUUUGUUUAAAGCUCUUUUAUUUCUCACUAAAACACAAUGGGCGAUGGGGAGAGUUGGGUAGCACGGUAACGUAGUGGUUAGCACAACACUUUACAGGCGACCUGGGUUCAAUUCCCACCGCUGCCUGCAAGGAGUUUAUACUUUCUCCCCGUGAACACUUGGAUUUCCUCCAGGUGCUCCAAUUUCUUCCCACAGUCCAAAGACGCACCGAUUGACAGGUUAAUUGGCUAUUGUAAGUUGUCCCAUGAUUAGGAUGGGAUUAAAUCGGGGGCAUGGCUCUAAGGGCCUUUUCCACGCUGUAUCUUAAUAAUAAAUCAUCCUCAACUCCACUAAAGCCCAGAGUGCAUAGAGCAAGGUAUCCCAAUCUGCAGUCCACGGACACCUUACUUAAUGGUGUUGGUCCAUGGCAUAAAAAAGAAUAGGAACGCCUGGCAUUGAGGCAAAUCGAUAGUAUUGUGUACUGAGAGAGGAAAGAGAAUAAUCCUUCUUCUCUGGGAUUCCUGAAUUAUUCAUUACAUAUGUGUUUAUGUUACAUAUAUAGUUAAUAUUAACAACAUCAACUGCGUGUUUUAAAUGUGCAUCAUAUCCGAAAUCCUGGGGGAUGUCUGGCUCAGGUAUAUCUGUGGAGAGGAAUAAACAGUCAACGUUUCAGCCCAAGUCCAUUCAUUAGAGUGGAGGGUCUUGGGCCAAAAUGUCAGGUCUUUAUUCCCCUCCAUAGAUGUUGCUGGACCUGCUGAGUUCCUCCAGCAUUUUAUACGUGUUACUCUGGAUUUCCAGCAUCUGCAGAAUGUCUUGUGUUUUAAGUGUGCAUCACUUUGUUGUAAGCUGAAGUAAACCAUGUGUUUGGCAGUUCUGUUAGUCGUUGCCUUUGUCUAUGAAGAAACGUUUGCACAUGAUAUGCUAUCUUUUAUUGCUUCCACACUCUAUGUGCACAAAGCUGUAACACUGCUUGCAAAAAUAUCAGAUUGGAAGUUUCAGUCACUUUUAUCCUUUUAAAUGUUCUGCAACAAUAAUUGUCAUAUUUUCCUGGUUAAAUGGAAAAACUCCAAAGCUUGAGUAAUAGCAAGAGUCAGUAGCUAGUAAACUGAAAGACACACGAUUUUAUUUUUGAUUUGGAAAUGAAGAUUGUUGACCUGUUGUAACACUCCUGUGUUUUUGGCUCACCAUUAUUAUGCCAUGUCACACUCAGUGGCUGCAUUAUUAAGUACCUCCUGUACCUAAUAAAGUGGAAAAUGAGUGUUUGUACGUGGACUUCUGCCGCUGCAGCACAACCUCUUCAAGGUUUGACAUGCUGUGCGUUCAGCGAUGCUCUUCUGAACACCAUUGCUCUAACACGUGGUUAUUUGAGUUACUGUCACAUUCCUGUCAGCUUGAAGCAGUCUGACCAUUCUCUCCUGAUCUUUCUCAUUAACAAAGCAUUUUCAUCCUCAGAAAUGCUGCUCGCUGAAUUUUUGUUGUUUCUCACACCAUUCUUUGUAAACUGCGUGAAAAUUCUGGGAGAUCAGCAGUUUCUGAGAUACUCAAACCACCCCGUCUGGCACCAACAAUCAUUCCUCAGUCAAAGUCACUUAGGUCACUUUUCUUCCCCAUACUGACGUUCGGUCUGAACAAGAACUGUACCUCUUGACCAUGUCUGCAUGCUUUUAUGCAUUGAAUUGCUGGCACAGGAUUGGCUGAUUAGAUAUUUACAUUAACGAGCAGAUGUCCAGGUGUACCUGAUAAAGUGGCCGCUCUGUGUUGAUAGAUAGAAAUGCAUCUCCAGCCAAUAGUGCUCAAUGCUUGACACUGCCAUCUUGGUGAUUUGCCUUCUGCCUCUUAAAUUCAUUCCAUUGAAGUCAAUGUUAGUAAUUGUUUAAACGGAAUAUUUUCACAGCAUAAAGAAAUAUAUUAAUGCUGACUUGCAAGUAUCAAUUGUUAAUUUUUUCCCCAAUUAAUAUGACACAUACAAAGCACAUUUCUGUUCAGGACUAAAUCUUGCUUCAGAAAUGUUGAUGCCUUUUUCAGAUGUCUUUGCUAUUGGCCUUUUGGUUGAAUAGGUCAAAUUUUCCAAGUAUCUGUUGAGUAGAAAUAUGCAGGUCUCAGCCAUACCAUGGUUAAUAUGAGGGGAGCUUAACUUUAAAGUGAUUGGAGGGAAGUAUUGGGGGGGUGAUUCAGAGGUAGAUUCAGAGUGUUGGGUCCAUCUAACGUGCGCUAGGGAUGAUGGUAGAGGCAGAUACAUUAGGGACAUUUAAGAAUCUCUUAAAUUGGCAUGUGGAUGAUAGAAAAAUGGAGGGUUAUGUAGGAGGGAGUGCUUAAAUUUCACGUUGCCACAUAUGAGGCUGCUAAACAGGGUAAGAUAUCAUGAUAUACAGGAAAGACACUAACAUUACCUGACUGGCACAAGGCAAAGAGUGGGAAUAAAGGGAGCCUUGUUGGGUGACUGAAUUCUGGGCCAAGUAGCCUAGUUCUAUUCCUAUGUCUUACCGUCUAAGUUGAUUUUAGAGUAGGAUAAAAGGUCAGCACACUGUUGCAGGCUGAAUGGUCUGCGCUGUGCUGUCACGUUCUACGCUCUACAUCUCAUUAUCCCUUCUCUCUGCCUUUUAAAAAAAACUUCAGAAAAUAUAUCUCCACUUUGUUGCUUUUCCACAGGAACUAUUGAUCAUUUAUGUGAGAAAUGGGGAAAAAAAAGUAUUUUACCACCAUGUGUAAGGCUAUAUGCAUUAGUGACUAAUGGGGCAGCACUGUAGCAUAAUGGUUAGCACGACACUUUACAAUACCAGUGGCCCAGGUUCAAUUCCCACCGCUGUCUAUAAGGAGUCUGCAUUGUUCUCCCUGUGACCGCGUGGGUUUCCUCCAACGUUGGGCGUUGUAAAUUGUCCUGUGAUUAGGCUAGGGUUAAAUCAGGAGGUGCAGCUCAAAAAGGGCUGAAAAGACUUAUUCCACGCUGUAUCUCUAAAUAAAUAAAUAACUAAGAGCAGGGAGGCCAGAGUGCCUUGAUUCAUACAAGAAUGGUGAUCAAAAGUGAUGCUUCUGUUAUUUUUGUUAUUUAGAGCACAGUAACAGGCCCUUCCAGCCCAAUGAGCCUGGGCCGCCCGAUAACACCCAUGUGACCAAUUGAUCUACUAAUCCCUACGUCUUUCUUUUUCAAUCUUUUUAUUAGUUUCAUAAAAUAUAAACAUGACAUAAUAGUAGUACAAAGUUAUUGGGAAUAUAUUGAUAUAAUUAACAAGAGUAAUUAUAAAGCCAAAUAAUACUUAAUUCACAAAACUCCCAAUCAUAUAGGAUAACAAUGAAUAAUAUAGAACAAAGAAAAAUAUCUAGAAAAAAAUACCCCUACGUCUUUGGAAUGUAGGAGGAGACCACGUGGUUACAGGGAGAACAUACAAGCUCCUUGCAGACAGCUGUGCAACUGAACCCAGAUCAGUGAUGUUGUAGCGUUGUUACAAUUACCACUAUGCUACUGUACCAUCCUAUAGAUAUAUUUUGUAAUCACAUAAUCCACCCUCCCCCACUUUGAAACAAUUAGAACAGAAUAGAGCUUUAUUGCCACUGCUCAAGAGAACAAGACCCUGGUGCUACUACUAAAAGACUGCAGCUGAAACCAUUAAGGGAGACACGAGGGAACGUUCUUUCAGAAACUGAAGGAAUCCAGUUUCUUCCACACAUUAUUUAUCAGAAAAAAGCUGCUGGGCUUAUGCCAACAAAGUUAUGAAAAACAUUUCAAGAGGUAGAAUGAGGCUUUACAAAAUUGUCUGUAUUAAUGAAGAAAGGUAUUUUUGAUAACACUUUGAAGAGAGCAAGUAGAGCUUUUAGGGCAUUAAAAUCCAAAGUUAUCUUCAUUGCAAGAGUCUUUGAAUAUUUCGGUUCUGAGAAGGAGGGAAUAAAUGUGCUCCACCAUCAAGUUCACACAACCACACCGUAAGAAAGGAUGCACAGCUCAGAAUCUGACAGAAUAGGCCACAGCUGUUUAUUUGGCACCACUAACCCUACUCAUUCCCCACAACCCAGACUACUUCUUUUCCCCAUGUUAUAUGUAUUUUCUCCAUGUCCUCCAGUUUCCUCCCAUAUUCCAAAGACGCGCAGGUUAGGGUUAGUGAGUUGGAGCACUGGAAGCAUUGUCCUGCUUGUGUUGUACUGUCGAAAAUGACGUGCUUGCUAUACAUUGCUGCGUUCUGCAUUCUGCCAAUCAUUGUGGGCAUGCUAUAUUGGCGCCAGAAUAUGUGGAGACACUUGCAGGCUGCCCCCAGUACAUCUCUAGUUUGUGUUAGUUGUUGAUGCAUUUCACUGUGUGGUUCAAUGUACAUGCGGUAAAUAAUAUUAAUUUGGUCUUUAUGUCCACCCCUCCCUUUUUGGAAAGUUGCAAUUAACAUAUUCCACAUCAAGAAAACUUAUUGCAUGAAUUUUCAUUCCUCUAUAGUUCCAUUUUGAAAGUUUUAGUUAGAAUGGGUUGUCUAGCCACUUACCGUACUUCAACAGGAAGUCUCUGCCCUCUGACCUUUGACUCACCAGCUAGUGGAAUUCAUUUACUCCCCUAAACCAGCUCAUAAUUUUCAACCAACAACCUGAUGGCUUAAAAAUUGAGUUCUCUAACUUCCUGUAAUUUCUCGCCCCUCCGCCUUCUCCCUUUUACUGGUCCCCAUUCUGGCUCCCUUCUCACCUCUUCUAUUUUCCUCUCAUGCCCAUCACCUCCCUCUGGUUCCCUUCCUUCCCUUUUUUCCAUUGUCCAGUCUCCUAUCAGAUUCCUCUUUCUUCUGCCUUUUGCCUUUUCCACCUUCCACCUGCCACCUCCCACCUUGUUAUUCAUCCUCCCUCCCUCCCUCACCCACUCCACUCCCCUCCCCCUACUCCUGGUCUCAUGUAUCACCUGCCAGCUUGUGCUCCUUCCACUCUCCCCAUCUUCUUAUGCUGGCUUCUGCCUCCUUCCUUUCCAGUCCUGUCCUGAGAUGUCGACUGUUCAUUCCCCUUCAUAGAUGCUGUUUGACCUGCUGAGUUCCUCCAGCAUUUAAUGUGUGCUACCCUGGAUUUUCAGCAUCUGUAGAAUCUCUUGUGUUUAUAACGUUAUACCCAUUGCUCAGACAAGCAAUAAAAAUAUCAAAUUAUUCGAUAAACUUGGCCACAGAAAAGAAAUGUUAGGAUUAUGCUUCUCUGAUGAGUAUACUGAAUGGAAUUUCCAAAACUUCCUCAGUGGAAAACUCAGGGAUACUUUUGCUAUUUAUCACAGGCUUCUGUUGAUCUCUCACUGAAUUUGCUCCAGAUUAUUGACAGAACUCUGAUAAAAAUCACUGAUAGAUUAUACUAGUAAAGAGAUAUUUUAGGAAAUAUGUCUAUCUGCAAUAAAAUCUCUUGAAAUAAGAAUAAACUGCAGAUGCUAGAAAUCUGGAAUAGCGGGUAACACUGUGCGGGUUAGCAGGCUAGAAGAGAGAAACAGAAUUAAUAUGGCAGGUAGAAGACUUCAUCUUUUCUUGAAAACGGUGAAAAAGUACUUUAAUAGUGCACUAUGCAGAGUCAAGAAAGAAUAUAUGCAUAAAAACAAGAAAGUCUGCAGAUGCUGGAAAUCCAAAGCAACACACACAAAAUGCUGGAGGAACUCAGCAGGUCAGGCAGCACCUGGAAGUGAAUAAACAGUUGACGUUUUGGGUCGAACCCUCCUUCAGGACAGGAUAUACGCAUAGGCACUCAAUGGUGACUUUAUUAGAUUUCUCCUGUACCUAAUAAAGUAGCCACUGUGUGUAAGUUCUGCUACUGUGGCUCAUCCACUUCAAGGUUCAACGUGUUGUGCAUUCAGAGAUUCUCUUCUGCACACCACUGUUCUAACAGCUGGUUAGUUGAGUUACUGCUAUCUUCCUGUCAGCUUGAUCCAGUAUGACCAUUCUCCUCUGACAUCUCCCUCUAACAAGGUGUUUUUUUUUUGUUUUCACACCAAUUUCUGUAAACUCUAGAGACUCUUGAGCAUGAAAAUCCCAGAAGAUCAAAAGUUUCUGAGAUGCACAAAUGACCCUGUCUUGCACCAACAAUCAGUCCACAGUCAAAGUCACUUGGGUCACAUUUCUUCCCCAUUCUGAUGUUUGGUCCGAACAACAACUGAACCUUUUGACCAUGUCUGCAUGCUUUUAUGCAUUGAGUUGCUGCCACAUGAUUGGCUGAUGAGAUAUUUGCAUUAAUGAGUGGGUGUCCAGGUGUACUUAAUAAAGUGGCCACUGAGUGUAUUGUGCACAAACAAAGAUCUCUUGUGAAUUGCUUCACGAUAUCCUAUCAGUUUCCCCUACAAUGGUUAUCAUUAAAGAUUGCAAAUGUAGUAACCAAUCCGAUCAAGCAAUUUAUGCAAAAUAUUUAAAUGAAGAUAUAUUAGUGUUCUGUAAUUUAUUCCUUGGGAAAUACUGAUGCUUAUGUUACAAUAAAUCCCUGCAGAGGCUGACUUUCCCUCUGAGAACAAUGAGAUAAGAUUUCAACUUGAUGGGCUUCUUUUAUUGUGUGAAUGGCAAUUAUAUCUCAGAAAUGUGGCUUAACAACAGUCAGUAAGUUAAAACAGCAUAAGUUAUUUAAUAGGGAUGAAAUAACCACUGCAACCUUAGUGACUGUGUAAUAAUACUCAUGUUUUUUGUAUUAGGCUCCAGAUCUGAUGGUUAAUGCAAAAUCAGUACAAGCUUGUAUGUUCUUCAGAUUAACAAUAAAUCUUUGAA